GUUGCAGUUGGGAGCUUCAUAAAAUGUAUGUCUAUAAACUUGCAGAAAUUAAACAUAUAGAAUGUAAAAAUCAAAUAUAAUAUAAAUGGUCUGGCUAAUAUUUUUUAUCUAAGGUGUGUGUAAUACUGUUUCCUUCUGUGUAGAUGGUAGUCAAUAUUAUUGAGUACGGCAGUUCCCAAGAUUCAGCUGCAGAGAAACAUCAUGUCUCAGGAGACGGUUGUCAAGAUAACAAAAAGACUUUUUAAGGACCUGAAGGGUGUGGAGAAUGUGUACACUCAGCACGUACCACUGGUCAGGGAGACUCUGGAGGAUCUCAUCAAGGGAAGGCUCAAGGACACCACCUACCCCUUCCUGGGUAAUUCUGCUCCAGGCCGCAGGUAACCGACUAUUACAAAUU